AGAGAGAGAGAGAGAGAGAGAGAGAGAAGGAUAGAUGGCCCAAAAGGGAAGAAGAGUAAGAGAGAACGAAAGCAUCGAUUCCUCCCGGUAACCGCAACUACACCGAAAACCAUUCACGGGCAAAUUCAAAAAUUCAAUUAUUCAUGCUUCCACUUUAUUACUCUGGCUGUCUGCGCGACGCAGACACAAUGCAUUUUUUGCGCGACGCUCGCAUUGUCGUGGGAGGUUGAAAUUCGAACGGGCGAGUCUACCCGCCAUGACGAAACUUUCUUUGUCGACGGGGAUUCGCAUUCGAUCGAAUCCUUCAGCGGCUGGUGAACAUCCUGAGCACAGUAAGCUUAAUCGUCCUUCACCAAUAGUCUUUACUGUAUCGUUGCUAAGGCAACUAUCGCUUUUAAAUAUCGCUAUAUAAUGUUUUAUACUUUUUCUCUCGAGACUCGACUGUACGGAAAUAUAUAUAUGCAUAUACAUAACCCUAACAGAAAUGGCAUCGCAAAGCACAACUUGCAGCUACAAAUCUUAUUUAUUUAUACAUCACAAAAGUCACGCCUAGACUCAACUCCUCUGUUUACAAGUCUGAACAGGGAUGUAUGAAAAUAGAUAUUUUUUUUUCUAGUUGCCCGAAAAAAUAACAAACUUCGUUUUAUACCAAUGGUUUAUUAACAAAUUUCUCUCUUUCUCUACUCCGUGUACUUGCAGUUAAUCUAUCUGUCCAUAUAUAUAUAUAUAUAUAUAUAUAUAGGACGUACAAUGCCGCACAAACAAGACGUAUAAUCUUGACACAUUAUCCGGUGCACGGGGCUCGCUUUUGAAAUUCCACAAUGCGCAACGCUUAUCGCAAUUAUUUUGCAUCGUCACGAUAUCGAGAGGUUAACUAUUGUCUGACGCGGCGGUAAGCAAUUCGCUCGUGCAACGUCGUUCCUAUUUGCAUAAAAUAUAUAUAUAUGUAUAUAGAUACAGUCAUAGGUAUAUCUAUAUUACAUUGCAGCCGUCACCGUAAGCAAGCAGAACCUACCCGAACAGUGAAAAUGUGAGCGUAGCACAGCAGUAAGCUAAACAAGGACUUUUACUAAUAAGAUUCAAACCAGGGCGUCAUAUUUAUUGAGAUUAUUCUGUGUAAAUCUUCGAAAACGUUUUCUUUGCGUUGCGGGGACAUGAAAGAUCAUGUUUAUGUAUCGUAGAAAACGCCGGCUGCGAACUGUCUGCUGCGUCCACUCUGCGUUCCAGCGUCAACACGUCGGAGUUUUUUGUGACACUGCUCCGUUGGUAUAUAGCCAGUCGUUCGAAUUGCAACACUCAAUAGCCAAUGGCUUCUUUUCGUCCUUUACCGAAGGGCUGAAGGUGACGAGGAAGGGACGAGAAUGGAAAAAAAAUAGAAUCAACAGCGCGAAGCCCCUUCGUGACAAUAUGCUACAUCGAUUAGUCUGGGUAAAAGAAAUGGAAAAUAUUUCUACAAUUACGAAAAUUCAGUGUCGACACGCUCCCGUCGAUAUUACAGGGAAUCUACUGUUCCUUCGAGGCAGGAUGUUUGCGCUUGUGGUUCUGCUUAAUGCGCAAUGCAUACAGUCGCGACGUAACGUCGUCUGCGGAGAGGAUUUCGUGACGAGGUAAAAAAAUCGCUAGACAUCCUCUCAUGGAUUAAUCUCUUUGGUUAAUUGGCGUUUUCUUCUCCGUCAUAUUUUUAUUUUGACUUUGCCAGAUGUUCGGAAGAGAAAAACAAAACUGCAAGUCUCCUACAGUUUUAUCUUUGUAUUAUUUGUCUUUCUUCUUUUGGCUUGACUGCUUUUUUUCUCUCUAUCCGUAAUGAGCAUUCCUCGCUAACUGC